GAUCUUCAGGGACAUUUUCGUCAUUUCGCCCACCACGUCAUCCUGGCCUCUCGUCUCCUAUCUUCUUGUCCGUCGCUCUCAAAUCUCUCUUCCGGCUAGUGGUCACGCACCAAGCGUCAAACUGCUAACGUGCGCCGCGGGCACAUUCCCACCCGCGCUCCCCCACGUGGCCAGUUCAUUCCUCAUUGGUCCACCCGUCAUUGCUCCCCUCGCGCACGUUAGACCAUCCCACUGGCCAAGAUCUCGCCGGCCAGUUACCACGCAGUGCCACAGAAACAUUCACAUUACAGUCUCACUGGCGGACCUCACGAAGCCCACAUAAGUUAAAGACAGUACAUUCCAAUCCCUGCAUCCACCGUCCGAUUCGCAUCGGGCGGCUCAGAUCUGCCCUCGCCUCCCCUCAUAAAAAUACAACAUUACCGUCCUCCUCCAUGCUCCCCUGAAGCUCUAGCGCCAAUGGCGUCCCUCGCUCUCACCUCCUCUUCUUGCUCCCUAGGGUUCCGUUCUCUCCCCAACCUCAAAUCCCGUUUUCUGAACCCUAGAUCGGACGGCCAAGGUCGAUUCUCGCCCCGCUCAAAUCUGCACAGAGGUAUCAAUCUCGGCGCUGCUUCGGCAUGUAUCUUGAAUUCGAAGCUCUCCAGCAGUUCUUAUCCAAGCUCGAGGAGUCAUAGGCUCGACUCUCUUUGUGUUUGCGCUUCUGCUUCUUCGACUGCAGUCCCUUCGCCUCCUCAACCAUGGCAAGGAGCGUCGCUGAAGCCACUCGCAGCUUCGAUCGCGACGGGAAUCAUUCUCUGGUUCAUUCCUGUACCGGCGGGAGUAACGAAGAACGCGUGGCAGCUGCUGGCGAUCUUCCUGGCGACAAUCGUCGGAAUCAUUACGCAGCCGCUGCCUCUCGGCGCCGUGGCCUUGCUGGGACUGGGAGCGUCGGUGCUUACCAAAACACUAACGUUUUCGGCCGCGUUCUCCGCUUUCGGCGAUCCGAUUCCGUGGUUGAUCGCGCUUGCUUUCUUCUUCGCGCGGGGGUUUAUUAAGACCGGGCUUGGGAAUCGGAUAGCGUACCAAUUCGUUUCGCUGUUCGGGAGCUCAUCGUUGGGGCUGGGCUACAGUUUGGUGUUCAGCGAGGCGCUCUUGGCGCCGGCGAUUCCGUCGGUGUCGGCGAGAGCUGGGGGGAUAUUUCUUCCGUUGGUGAAGUCGCUGUGUGUCGCUUGUGGCAGUAAUACCGGCGACGGGACUGAGCAUCGGUUGGGGUCGUGGUUGAUGCUCACGUGCUUUCAGACGUCGGUGAUUUCGUCGUCGAUGUUUCUGACGGCCAUGGCGGCGAAUCCUUUGAGUGCAAACUUGACUUUUAACACGAUAAAGCAGACGAUUGGGUGGACUGAUUGGGCUAAGGCAGCAAUCGUCCCAGGUUUGGUGUCAUUGAUUGUGGUUCCGUUCAUUUUGUACCUGAUUUACCCGCCGACUGUGAAGACCAGUCCCGAUGCUCCGAAGCUUGCGAAGGAAAAGUUGGAGAAGAUGGGGCCAAUGUCAAAGAAUGAGACUAUAAUGGCAGCCACUCUACUUCUUACGGUCGGCCUCUGGAUUUUUGGGGGGAUGCUAAAUGUAGAUGCUGUUACUGCUGCUAUUCUAGGAUUAUCUGUUCUCCUCAUUACAGGGGUUGUGACCUGGAAGGAGUGCUUGGCUGAAGCAGUUGCCUGGGAUACCCUAACAUGGUUUGCCGCGCUUAUUGCAAUGGCUGGGUAUUUGAACAAAUAUGGCCUUAUCUCCUGGUUCAGCCAAACUGUAGUCAAGUUCGUGGGAGGACUGGGGCUUUCAUGGCAGUCGUCCUUUGGCAUUUUGGUUCUUCUUUACUUCUAUUCUCACUACUUCUUUGCAAGUGGAGCUGCUCACAUCGGAGCUAUGUUCACAGCCUUCUUGUCGGUUGCCAGUGCUCUCGGCACACCACCGUAUUUGGGAGCCAUAGUGCUCUGCUUCCUAUCUAAUCUGAUGGGCGGUCUCACACACUAUGGCAUUGGAUCUGCACCCGUUUUCUACGGUGCCAACUACGUUCCCCUUGCCAAAUGGUGGGGCUAUGGGUUCCUCAUGUCUGUUGUCAAUAUUAUUAUCUGGCUUGGGGUUGGAGGAGUUUGGUGGAAGGCCAUUGGCUUGUGGUAGACAGGAUCGUGGGAACUGGCUGUAGGAAAUUUCCUGAGCUAAAGUUUCCCCACUUUUUUUUUGUUUGCCUCCCUGUACAAUUCUCCUUAUUGAAAGUAGCCCUUGAAUUUUACA